CAUCAGGUGGUGCAGUUGUUCCCCUUUAUAUAGUCCUCUGAGUGUUCUCCUGCGACAGAUUGGGGUUUGUGAACUGCUCAGCCCAUCCCCAGCUUUUCCCCUGCUGCCCAGAAGCAGAUCGUCAUCAUGAGGAUCCUGCAGUUUCUAGAACUGCUCACUGGAUGGCCCUAAUAACACCUGAGCUUUUAUGGCCACAGUUGGAUACACUCAGGCAUGACAUCAUCGGGGAUUCUCUGGACAAAGUCCUUCCACAGCUGAAGUGCCAUUUCACCUGGAACUUAUUCAGGGAGGGAAGUAUCGCAAGUUAUAUGGAAGACAGGGUGUGUAAUCAGAUUGAACAUUUAAACUCUGAGUACAAAGCGACGAUGUACAAUUUGCUGGCCUAUAUAAAACACCUAGAUGGUGAAAACGAGGCAGCCCUGGAAUGCUUAGGGCAAGCCGAAGACUUACUAAAGUCAAAGAAGAAUGAUCAAGCAGAAAUUAGAAGUCUAGUCACCUGGGGAAACUACGCUUGGGUCUACUAUCGCAUGGGCCGUCUUUUGGAAGCUCAGGCCUAUGUUGAGAAGGUGAGACACGUUUGCAAGAAGUUCGCAAAUCCUUACAGCAUGGAAUGCCCAGAACUUGAGUGUGAGGAAGGAUGGACACGCCUAAAGUGUGGAAGGAAUGAACGAGCUAAAAUGUGUUUCGAAAAGGCUCUAGAGGAGAAGCCUAAUGAUGCUGAGUGUUCAUCGGGGCAGGCGAUCGCCAUGUACCACCUAGAAGAAAAACCCGAGAAGCAGGUCCCCGUGGAUGCUCUGAAGCAAGCCAUGGAGCUGAAUUCUAAGGACCAGUAUGUCAAAGCUCUCUUGGCCCUGAAACUGCAGACGAUGGGAGAAGAAGCUGAAGGGGAGCGAUUGAUUGAAGAUGCUCUGGAAAAGGCUCCUGAUCAAACAGAUGUCCUCCAAAAGGCAGCCCAGUUUUACAGGAGAAAGGGUAACCUCAACAGAACUAUUGGAUUCCUUGUGAGAGCCCUGAGAUCCACGGCAAACAACAGCCCCCUCUACUGCUUGGUCAUGUGCCGUUACAGGGAAAGACUGGAGCAACUGCAGAACACAGGCGAUGCUGAAACCACUGAAGGCAGAGAGAAGGUGGAAGAGCUGAGAAGAUUAGUGAUGGAGUACAUGCAGAAGGCUCUUCAGAGGAGGCGGAGUCCCCUGAGCGCCUAUUCCGAUCUCGCUGAUUCCCUUGAAGUAGAGAGAUGCUAUCAGAUGGUCUUCAGCAAGGUGAGCCCAAGCGCUGAGGAACAACAGCUCUACGAAAGCUACUGCAACCUCCAGGAAUAUCACAAGAAGUCUGAAGACCUCGAUGCCCUGAAGGAUCUAAUGCAGUUUCCCAGAAAUGAAAAAUCCGCCGAGAAGGAAGAAGGAAAAACGCCAACAUAGAACGCAGAUAUUAACCUGCGGUUAAAAAAAGAUGUGCUGGAUUCUUGGCAUCCUUGGAGAGUAAAUCAGAAGCUAAA